AUGGGUGCCCUUAAGUACCUCGAGGAGCUUUCCAAGAAGAAGCAGAGCGAUGUCGUCUGCUUCCUUCUCCGGGUUCGCUGCUGGGAGCUCCGCCAGUUGAACGUCAUCCACCGCGCUUCGAGGCCCAGCCGCCCCGACAAGGCUCGCCGCCUCGGCUACAAGGCCAAGCAGGGCUAUGUCAUCUACCGCGUGCGUGUCCGCCGUGGUGGCCGCAAGCGCCCUGCCCCCAAGGGUGCCACUUACGGCAAGCCCACCAACCAGGGUAUCAACCAGCUGAAGUACCAGCGCUCGCUCAAGUCGACCGCCGAGGAGCGUGUCGGCCGCCGCUGCGCCAACCUCCGUGUCCUGAACUCCUACUGGAUCAACCAGGACUCGACCUACAAGUACUUCGAGGUCAUCCUGGUCGACCCCCAACACAAGGCCAUCCGCCGCGACCCGCGCAUCAACUGGAUCGUCAACCCCGUCCACAAGCACCGCGAGUCCCGUGGCCUCACCGCCACCGGCAAGAAGUCGCGUGGUCUCAACAAGGGCCACCGCUACAACAAGACCCGCGCCGGCCGCAGAAAGACCUGGAAGCGCCACAACACCCUGUCCCUCUGGCGUUACCGGUAA